UUUUGUCUUUUUUAAGACAGGGUCUCCUGGAGCCCAGUGUGCCCUCAAACGCAGUGAUGUAGCCAGAGGCCUUGCCCGUGCAUCCUCCUGCUUCUAUUUCCAAGAACUGGGGUUAGAGUUCAGGACAAAGGUGUGAGCAGACUACUGGGCUGGCUGGUCCAUCAUGGCGGAGAAAGUGAACAACUUCCCACCGCUGCCCAAAUUCAUUCCGCUGAAGCCAUGUUUCUACCAAGAUUUCGAGGCAGAUAUUCCUCCUCAGCAUCGCAGCUUGACCAAGCGUCUAUAUUACCUGUGGAUGUUGAACAGCGUCACGCUGGCCGUGAACCUGGUGGGCUGUCUCGCGUGGCUGAUCGGAGGCGGGGGAGCCACCAACUUUGGCCUGGCCUUUCUCUGGCUCAUCCUCUUCACACCUUGCUCCUACGUCUGCUGGUUUCGGCCCAUUUACAAGGCCUUCAAGACGGACAGCUCCUUUAGCUUCAUGGCCUUCUUCUUCACCUUCAUGGCCCAACUGGUCAUCAGCAUCAUCCAGGCUGUGGGGAUUCCAGGCUGGGGUGUCUGUGGCUGGAUCGCCACCAUCUCCUUCUUCGGGACAAACAUUGGCUCGGCAGUGGUGAUGCUCAUUCCCACGGUCAUGUUUACAGUGGUGGCUGUCUUUUCCUUCAUCGCCCUUAGCAUGGUAUGUGUGAACCUCAGGGGUGAUGGGGCAACUUUGGGAGGGGAUUGUGAUCUGAAACCAGCCAUUCUCCAAGUUACAAGAGGAUUCAGGUGCUGAGCGGUGGUGGCGGCA